CAGUCUCAGCGGGUGAUGUUUGGUGAAAUCUCACGCGUCUUUGCUCCGGUUCCCUCACCGCGAGAAAAGCAGCACGCUGAUAAACACUCGCGAGCCACGCGAUUUAAAGCCCUGCGACAUAAACUCGCCGCGUGCUGCGGCAACACCGAUAUUUCCCAGAUAUUUUACAAGCUGGUGGAUCGUCGGAGCGACCGGAGAAGUUAUGCUAUUUUCCCGGAUCAUCGCGACAGCUUAAAAAAAAUGAAUCCUCAUUGCGCGCGCUGUGGGAAAAUUGUCUACGCCACAGAGAAAGUGAACUGCCUGGACAAGUAUUGGCACAAAGGAUGCUUCCAUUGCGAGGUGUGUAAAAUGACUCUCAACAUGAACAACUACAAGGGAUAUGAGAAGAAGCCCUACUGCAACGCGCAUUAUCCAAAACAGACCUUUACAAUUGUGACAGACACCCCUGAAAACCUACGGCUGAGACAGCAAAGCGAGCUCCAAAGUCAGGUCAAGUACAGGAAGGAUUUUGAACAGAGUAAGGGUCGCGGCCUCAAAUUUGUCUUGGAUACUCCAGAGCUACAGAGACUGAGGAAGGCCCAGGAUCAGAUCAGUAAUGCAAAGUAUCAUAAGGAUUUUGAGGUGUCAGGUUUGCACGGGUUCACUCAGGGAACGCGCGGGACGUACCUGGUACGGGCUCAGAUGACACCCAACAACGAGACGGUGGGGAACAGCACACACAAAGGGGUUCACCAGUACAUCAUGGAGAUGGAUCGAAGACCUGGCGUCAUUGUGGCACCUGUUCUCCCCGGUGCGUACUAUCCCAGCGGCCACAGCCACGGGCACAGCUACAUGCAUCAGACAAGCAUGCAUUCACUGAGGUCCAUGCAGCUCAGGUCACAACACGUGAGCAUGACUGUGUACAGGGCCCUGUAUGACUACACAGCGCAGGAUUACGACGAGGUGUCGUUCCGGGACGGUGACAUCAUCCAGAACGUGCAGCCGAUCGAUGAAGGCUGGAUGUAUGGAACGGUUCAGAGGACGGGGAGGUCGGGCAUGCUGCCCGCUAACUACGUGGAGGGCAUGCGCUAGUGGUCUCACUGAGCCUCAAAUCAAACACUAUAUGUGAAUGGUCACAGGUACAGCUCUAUUUUAAUAGUGCGGAUCGUCCCACUUUGUAAGUGUUUAUAAUGUUACAUUUCUCAUUUUGAGUUACUCUGAAUGUCCAGUGUAAGUGAACGCACACUACUGUUCAAAAGUUUGGCAACUGCAAGAUAUAUUUACUCAUGCAUUUAUUUUUAAAUGAGUACUUGAAUUAAAUACACUUUAUUUAAGGUGUCCUUGUUACAGUGUAAUUGUAAUAAAUAUGAAUUCAUUACAUGUACUGAACUAUAUGGUUAUGGUAAUUAAUGCAUACAAUUAUGCAUCAUUUAUUGUUAUUAUAAUACUAUGUACAUGAAACGUAUGCAACAAGGAAACCUUAAAAUAAAGCUUUUAUUUUGCAAGGAUGAAAUAAUUAUAUCAAGUGACAGUAAAUGCAUUACAUUGCUGUAAAAUACUUCUAAUUAAAAUAAAUUAGGAUCUUUUCAGAUUUCAGAACAACAACAAAAAAAAAAUCCUAAAAAUCAGUUCCUACAAAAACACGAGGUACCGUUUUUCUACAUUGAUAAUAAAAAUGAAUGUUUCUUGAGCAAUACAUCAGCAAAUAAAAUGAUUUCUGAAGGAUCAUGUGACACUGAAGACACUGAAUGUUACAUUCAAAAUAUUAAUAUAGAAAACAAAAUAUUAAAUGGGUUACUUUAUUUCACAAUAUUACAAUUUUACUGUAUAUUUUUUAAUCUUCUUCCAAGAAAAAUUAAAAAAUCUUGCUACCCAAACUUUGGAAAGGUAGUGAAUAACAAUAAACAGUUUUGUAUCAACAUAGCAUUUACGUUGAGAUAAAUGUUAAAUGUACAAGUAAAGAGGAUUUUCUCACCUAAAUAUGAAAGAGUGCAUUAUUUUUCACAGCAUGUUGCCUUGUAAAACAUGAAUAUUUGUGUAUGCUGUUCUGCACAAUGUAAAUUAAAUGUUCCACUAUAACAAAUCGUCUUCCUGCAUUAAAACAUUUUACCCACCACUCAA